AUGCGCCGCGACUGGAGCCCCGACAGCCCCGCCAGCGACCGCGUCUGGGCGCAGGCCAUCCACGCCGUCGUCGAGCGCCGACUCUCCCUGCGCCAAGCCGCGCAGGCCUUCGGGCUGCAGCAGACCGCGCUGCACCGACUCGUGCGCCAGCGCACGCUGCAGCAGGCGCGCCACCUGCCCCAGCCGCCGCUGCCGCCGCCGCCGGUGGCCCGGUCGCUGCCCGGGUCGGCCCCCGCCGUAGUGGUCUCCACCAGCCCGAGCAGCAGCGACACCAUCCGAAUCACGGCCCCGACAGUCACCGCUGGCAGUGGCGCUAGCUUGCCAGGCGACCGCUACGUCUUCCCGCGCCUGAACCCGCUGGCGCUCGGCCGCGGCAGCCCCACCGGCAUCAACAACUUGCCCCUGCCGGCGGUAGCACCACUGGCGGUUUUGACGCCGCCGCCCGGGUGUGAGCUCUCGCCCGAGGUGAACGAAGAAAUCGUGGCCAUCCUCCGCGAACAGUUCCUGCAGCAGCAACAGUAUGACGACUAUGAAACCAGCGACGGCCGACUCCACCGACUUGAGGGCUACGCGGACGCCGACAUCGUCGAUGUGGUGCGCGCGGUUGUAGGCCACAACGGACGCCGCGCGCUCCCCGCAGACUUCCCGACCGCAGGUUGGCUUGCCAUGUUCAAGAGCGAGAACAACUUCGUGGACGUGGACGACAUCGUCCGCAGCAGAAGCAGAACCUUCAGUAGCAACAGCCUGAACGGCACUGUGUCCCAACAGCAGCAGCAGGAGCGCUACAACCGGAACUAUGAGCUAGAGCAGCAGCAGUAUGAGUUCGAACAUCAACGCCGCGGAGAUCAACUACGCUGGAUCCAGAACCGCACCUACCGCCAGCCUGCAGCUCCACCUCCGUUGUCACCGCGGCACCGCAGCCCUAUACAGGGACGCCGCGCGGCCUACGGCUGGGAUGAUGUUGAAGUGGCUGACGGCGGGGAGAACGUGUUGCCGCAGCAGCGUCUAGGCUACUAUCAGCAGCCGCAACGCCAACCUCGAGACGACAACAAGUACCGCCGCAGGGCAAGCUCCGGCAGCAGCAACGGACAUUCCGACAGCAACGCCAGUGACCGUAACUAUCGCCAGAGCAACCUUGUGCCGGCGAAGGUGUGGGAGCGUGCUAUGGAGGACGUCGCCAUCCACGGCAUGAGCCUGCGCAAUGCUGCCAAGGCCCACGGAGUUCAUUUCGCGGCACUCCAUCGUCGUCUGAAGAAGCGUCAGCAGCACAAGCUGAACAUGCCGUGCGAGCCGAACUACAUCCCGUUCGAAGACGAAGCGGGUGUAGUGCGAGUGAUUCACGCGCGCGCGGAAAUGGGCGUGCUCAUGACAUUCACUGAACUGGUUGAUCUGCUCAAGCGCACUGCACUUAAGCACCGAUCGGAGCUGCCGAAAGAAAUCGCAACGGCACUCGUGCGCAGGUUCCAGUCUCGCGUGGAGCAGUCGAUUCGCCACCUGAUCAUUGACUGGCCAGCUCUGUCGAACAAUGUGCUGUAUCGACUGCGCGAUGCCAGUAGCACCGGUGACAAUGGGAAGGACGGAAUGGUUGCGGGUGCUGCUGCUGCUAACACUGGUAAGAGCAGCGCGCCUUCCAUCAUCAGCGCAAGCAGUGGGUCACUGUCGUCGUCGGGUUCGUCUUCGUCCCUGUCGCCUCAUCCCCAAGCGACUGCAGUCUUUCCAGCAAUUCGCGAAUCUUCAGUGGGCACUGCACCAACGCCGACAUGGAACACCAAGGCCUGCAAUGCUGCCAAUAAUGUGGGGUCUGGUAGCAACACCACCACCAGCAGUACCGUACCGGCACCGACACCAGCGGCAGCGAUGUCCCUGACGGCACCCAGUAUGAUUCUCCGUCUGUGA